AUGCAGCUCUCUGCAGAUACACUUGAGAUCACCGCGUGUGCCAUCGUCAUCCUUGUCAGCGUCGUGGGAAACACGUGCUUGUUUUAUUCUACAAGGAAGUGUGUCACUGGGCACCUACACACAUCCUUUCUUCUGAUUUUCAAUCUUGUAUUUGUCCACCUUGUUAAGAACUUGGUGGUGAAUGUAAUGAAAAUUGUUUACUCUUCUGGAAUCUCACUGGGUUUGGCCGGCUGCAAAGUUCUGCACUUCACCGCGGCCCUGACGACCUCCCUGGCCAUCUGGUUCAUGUUGCACUUUGCGUUGCUCUGCCACCGGAAGCUGUACCAGAUCGUCUACCCCGUGAGCGAGGCCGCAAACCUGGACCAACACACACAGUCCUUGAAGGUGAUCUCUGCACUUUGGGUGGUUGGUGUGGCAGUGUACAUCCCAGUGCUAAUCUAUACUCGAAAGCCAGAAGGGCUAGGAGGAAGAAACGACACACACUCCUUGUCUCCUCGAAGAAUUUACAUGGAUUGCUUAAAUGGCUUUGGGGAUGAGCAAGUAGAGUUCUACUAUGGAAAAAUAUUUUUAGUGCUCAUUGAUAUUCUUCCAUUAGCCGUCUUGGUCUUUGUCUGCCUCUGGAUGUCGUUCCUCCUCUCAGAGAAAAAGAAGAUGACAUAUGGUGACAUCUGGAUCGGGGAGGAUGAUUCAGAAACCGAGAUCCUUCGAGGGGCCAAGUUCAGUAUUUUAUUGAUGUUGCUCCUCACUUCGCUCUGGGUUUCCCACUUCAUCUUAGUCUGUUUCUUGAGAGAUUUGGCAGCAUAUGUCUUUGUUCCAGCUGUUCUCACCGCCCUCUCCUCGGGCUUCUCCGCUCUCAGUCCUUUCCUGCUUAUGUUGGUUAAUUACAAAAUGAAGUUGGUGUCCUUCUGUGGUGCCAAGGAGGAAAGAUCCACAGUACAGCCUGCAAAUGUUGUUCUGUCUCCAUAUGCUUGA